AUGACCUCUCUUGAUUAUGAUGUUAUUGUUGUGGGUGCAGGAAUUUUCGGAUCAUGUACUGCGUAUCAUUGUCAGAAGCUUGGAUUGAAGACACUUCUUUUAGAGCAGGUAAGGCAUUUUGGUUUUCGGAUAAAAAUUAUUAUAUUUUUUUCUAACAAAUUUGGGAUCUCACAGCUGCGACAUAUCCCCGAUUUUUCAUAAAAUCUAAUUUCGAAGAUCAAAAAGUCCCAGAAACUGUGAGCCCUGUAUUUCCAAAAAUUUAUAUUAUUUUUUUGCCGUUCAUCCAAGAUAGCGUGAAGAAAAAACAGGCUAUCUAAUCAUUUGACCGUUUUCGAUACUACAAAUGACCAUCGAUUCGAUAUUAAAUGCUUGAUGUUAGAAAAAUAAACUUCUGUUCCAUCUGAGAAUUCAAAAACUCCUAGUCAUAUAUUUCGAGAGCAAUUCUGAAAAUUUAAAUUUUUCAAAAGACUGUUCCCUUGAAAGUUCUGUGAAUAGACGUACCUAAAAAUUACAGUGUACAGAUAUUUUCGGACACGGCUUGUUCAGUGAUCAAUUUUCUAAACUUCAUUCCAGUUCAAACUUGGUCAUUCAAAUGGAAGUUCUCACGGAUUCUCAAGAAUCACUAGAUAUGCUCAUGAAGAAGUUGAAUAUGUUCCUUUGGUGAGCGAUGCUUAUGCUCAGGUUGAUGAACUUGAGAAAAAACGCAACGAAAAACUUUGGAAGUGAGUUUUUUUCUUCCAAAAACCAUACAUAAAUCUUCAUUUCAAACCUACAGACAAACUGGUUUGUUGUGGGUCAGCACUGGUGGUGAAAUUGAUAAAAUCUCUUCAAAUCUGAAGACUCAUAACAUUGAACAUGAAGUUGUUCGUGGUUCAAAAAUUCAUGAGAAGUAUCCACAAUUUCAAUUUGGAGAAGAAUGGCAGGGACUUAUUGAUCCAAAGGGUGGUGUGAUUUAUGCGAACAAGUGGCUUCAUGCUUUUCAAGACGAGUUUGUUCAAUUAGGUGGUGUUGUACACGAAGAAGAGGAGCUGAUUUCCUACAAUGAUCAGCUUCAAAAUAAAAUUGAGGUCAAGACAAACAAAGGGAGUUAUAGUUCUAGAAAGAUCAUUUUCACCGUUGGAUCUUGGAUCACCAAACUGUUGCCUGAACUUGACUUCAAGAUUGAUGUAUGUAGAGUACAUUUUCAUCUAAAAAUACAUAAUUCAAAUUGAUUUUUUGCAGCCAAUCAGUAUUUCUGUCUGCUACUGGAAAGCAGCUGAAGAAAAAUAUUCUCAACUUCUCAACGACGACCAUUUUCCAGUGGUUAUUGCGCAAGAAAUGGAACUCAAAGAGUUUCAUUAUGCUCUUCCAGACAACGAUCAUCAAGGUUCUAUUAAGUUCUGCUAUCAUGCUGGAGACACAUUGACAGCUGAUUUUCAACAUCCAGAGAAGCGAUCACAAUCUAUGAUUGAUUUGCCAGCGGAGUUUAUCAAGAAACAUUUACCAGUGGUUGAUCAUAAGGCUCCAUCGCAUGUUGAUUUUUGCAAAUACACAGUGAGUUUUUGGGGAUUUAUUAGAGGGUAGAAAUUUUUCUAACGAUUUUCUUUUCAGAACUCACCUGAUGAUCAUUAUCUGAUCGGACCAAUCCCAUCAAAAAAUCCAAAUGUAUUAGUUGGUGGAUGUGGCUGUGGCUCUGGUUUCAAAGUUUCUCCAGGAAUCGGAAGAGCUCUCGCUGAAAUGGCUGCCGACAAACCAACAACAGUCGAUGUCUCAUUUUUCAGUGUUUCAAGAUUUCAAAAAUGA